UCUGUCCGCUUGAGGAACAGUUUAUCGGUAAGAACAAAACAGUUACCCAUGUAUGAAGAGGCCGUUGAACUCACUCCUCGAGAGCUCUGCUUACGCGUUUUACAAGGUUUUGACAACCCAUUGUUGCGCUAUCAAGUUGGGGACUCUCGCCGAUGUUUACACUGCCAACAAAAUCUUAAACGCAUAUGCAAGAUGCAAAGAGUUACAUAUUGCUCGCAAGUUGUUCGCCGAAGUUCUCCACAGAGACAUCGUUUCUUGGAACACGAUGAUUGCUGGGUAUGUAAAUUGUGGGAACUUGGAGACUGCAUUCGAAAUUGUGAAAGACAUGAAAAGAUGCGGUUUUGAUUUCGAUGGCUAUACCUUUGGGAGUUUACUUAAGGGUGUGGCUUCCGCUUAUAGACUUGAGGUUGGCCAACAGCUACACUCGAUGAUUGUUAAGAUGGGGUAUGAGGAAAAUGUGUAUGCAGGGAGUGCUAUUUUGGAUAUGUAUGCCAAGUGUGAGAAGGUUGGAGAUGCUUACAUGGUAUUUGAAUGCUUACCAGAACCUAAUUCUGUCUCAUGGAAUGCUUUGAUUGCUGGCUUUUCACAAAUGGGUGAUCGUAGCACUGUAUUUUGGCUUUUAGAUUGCAUGGAGAAGGAGGGAGUGAAGGUUGACGAUGGCACGUACGCUCCACUUCUUACUUUGCUUGAUGAUAUUGAGUUUUAUAAGCUGACAAUUCAAAUUCAUGGCAAGAUUAUAAAACGUGGGCUGGCAUGUGAUAAUACUGUGUGCAAUGCGAUGAUAACUUCAUAUUCAGAGUGUGGUUCAAUAGGAGAUGCUAGAAAAGUGUUUGAUGAUGCAGUUGGCAUGCGUGAUUUGGUAACGUGGAAUUCCAUGCUAGCUGCUUACUUGGUUCAUGAGAAAGAAGAACUUGGAUUUAAACUUUUUCUGGAUAUGCAAAGAUUGGGAUUUGAACCAGACAUCUAUACUUACACUAGUAUCCUUAGUGCUUGUUUUGAAAAAGCACACAAAAGUCAUGGAAAAUCUGUGCAUGCAGUAGUUAUUAAGAGAGGAUUGGAAUACUCUGUGCCUAUCUCCAAUGCCCUGAUAGCAAUGUAUCUCAAGUCAAAUAGUACUUCCAUGGAAGAAGCUUUGAGUUUAUUUGAAUCCAUGGAAUUGAAGGAUCGUGUCUCUUGGAAUUCCAUUUUGACUGGUUUUUCCCAGAUUGGAUUGAGUGAAGAUGCCUUGAACUUUUUUGGGAAAAUGAGAGGUUUCAUUGUGGAGAUUGACCACUAUGCCCUUUCUGCUGUCCUAAGAUCUUGCUCAGAUUUGGCAACACUUCAAUUAGGUCGGCAGGUUCAUGUCUUGGCAAUUAAAUUAGGCUUUGAGACAAAUGAUUUUGUGGCAAGUGCAUUGAUUUUUAUGUACUCCAAGUGCGGGAUUAUUCAAGAUGCUCGAAAAUCCUUUGAAGAGACUCCCAAAGACAGCUCAAUUGCUUGGAAUUCAAUAAUUUUUGGGUAUGCACAAAAUGGGCAGGGCAAUGAUGCCCUUGACCUGUUCUUUCUGAUGAGAGACACAAAGGUGAGGCUUGAUCAUAUAACAUUUGUUGCAGUUCUAACUGCAUGCAGUCAUAUUGGUCUUGUAGAAGAAGGCUUGAAUUUUCUAAAAUCAAUGGAAUCUGAUUAUGGAAUUCCACCACGUAUGGAGCAUUAUGCUUGUGCAGUAGAUCUAUUUGGGCGGGCUGGGCGAUUAGAUGAGGCAAAACCCUUAAUUGAAUCAAUGCCAUUUAAACCUGAUGCAAUGGUGUGGAAGACUUUGUUGGGUGCCUGUAGAGUUUGUGGUGACAUUGAAUUAGCUGCCCAGGUGGCAAGCCAUCUGCUAGACCUAGAGCCUGAAGAGCACUGCACUUACAUUAUACUCUCUAACAUGUAUGGACAUCUGAGGAGAUGGGGUGAAAAAGCUAGUGUAACGAGGUUGAUGCGGGAGAGGGGAGUUAAAAAGGUUCCUGGUUGGAGUUGGAUAGAGAUUAAGAAUCAGGUGCAUGCUUUCAAUGCUGAAGAUCAAUCGCAUCCUCAUUGUAAAGAGAUAUAUCAAAUGUUAGGGGGAUUGAUGGAGGAAAUCACAUGGUUAGAUGCUGACACAGGUCUAGAUGCUUUGACAUCUGAUUUUGAUGAGACAUAUGGAUGCUGUGAUGUAAAGCUGCUGAGUGCAGGGAAUUUCUGAAGGAUGCCCAAGAAAAAAGGAACCUCUUGCUUAUUCAUCUUUAACUCAAAUAUUGGCUAUAAGUUACAGCUGUCUCUGGCCAGAAAAUUUGGUGACUUAUAGUUGCCAUUAUCCAAGCAGUUCUUCUAGUUCAAUAUGUCCUGCUCAUUAGAUACUCAUUAGUAUUUUUCCAUUGGGGCCAUGCUAGAGUUCAGCUUCAUGUGCUCAAAGUGUGCGAUAAAGUACUUAAUAGGACAACCAGGAAAGUGAUGAGGAAGUGCUGAUGAAUCUGCAAUAGAAGGAACUUGUGGUGUUGCAUGAGUAUCUUGGCCUGUUUUCAUGUGAUUCUUUGUUCCGCAACUGAAGAAUGAUCCCAUUCUUUCUCCUUUUGUUCUUGAACUAGGUGUGAAGACCAAUCUGCUGGGGUGAGUUCUUAUAUUCCUUUGGGAAGACCAAUGUUUUUACAAGUUAAAUUGUUUUGAGAUGCUGCAUUCAUGUAUUUCAUUAGCCAGUGUCAUUAAGAUCCCCACUAAUUAAGGAAGAAUUAAGGGAAAAGAUCCUUAGUUUUGGCCUAGUUAUGGUUAAUGUACUGGCAAAGCAAUGGCAAAUUGUUACUAAAAGUGGUUGCAGUACUGGGGAAAAGAAGGCAAAUGAAUACGAAGGUUUUGAGCAAUUCCACAUCAUGAAAAGGACCACCAAUUGAAGUGUUGAAGCUUGAGAAGAAUGAUUACUUCAUUGCCUUUGCUUAGGCGCCGUAGGGCCAAAGACAUGAUUCAAAUAUAAACUUUUAACCUUUCAUAGUUUGUGAUUAGGGACAUUGUAUACUUUCUUAUGUUCAGUAGUUCAUGAUCCGAUUAUUUUGCUGAA